AUGCCCGCCCUGACUGAUGACCCUCCAGCUACAACGGAGAUUGGCUGCCCGCAGAAACAGCAUAAUAACCCCUACACACCCGAAGCCUGCGGCGCCCGCCCCGCCCCACCCCCGGACCCCCCACCCCACCGACCCACCCCAACACCCUCCACCCCCACUCUCCAACCGCUGAGUUAUCCGUCUCGUGAAUCAAAACUGCCCAAUCCGCCCCGCUGUACAUUACCCGGACUAUGGUCCCAAAGUGUUGCAUCCCAGAAAUGGACCAUUGCCCCCCCAGCAUGUCCCCAACCCUACACACUCCCAAAUCCGCAAUCUGCACAUCACCCCGUUUGCCCCCACCACACACACAUGCCCACCCCAUUCCAACAUCCCACACACCCUCAGCCCACACCCCACUCCAACCUCCCAACCCUGCACCUCGAACCACCACCCACUACUCCCCCCACCACCCCGGACUGCAAAACCACCCCACGUAAAGAAACCCCCCAAAAUCAACAAACAGUGUCCACCUCCCCGCCCCUGCCCCACUAA